GUAGUUCUGUAGUGGCAAUCUAAACCCACACAUGAUCCCAGUGGAUAGAGAUACAAUGCUUGGAUUAUACUAUUAUUCAGCCGUCUGAUAUGAUCACCUGUCUUUUUUUGGAACAAAGAGUAGUACUUUGCUGACGUCACCAGGAAACUAGAAUAAAUACAAAGGUGAGAAGCGGAGAGAAGCAAAAGAAGGAAGAAAAGGAAUGAGACAGGUUUCUCAGCCGGACCACCGUUGAGAUACUUUCAUUUUGUCACUCUGGGACUGAGUAUGGCAAGCGCACUGCAGUGUUUUUACUUUAUCCUAAUGCUCAGCAUUCCUAUACGUGAAUGCAUGAUGAUAUCCCAAGAUGUGAAAUGCAUCAUCAAGAAACCUUGCUUUGAUUUGAGCUUGUUGCCGAAAAUGGUAGAGCAUGUCAGCAAAGAUAUGAUCGUUGAAGAUGGUGAGAAGAUCCUCCUGAGGCACAGUUACUUUGACAAAAUUCGGAAAAAGAAAACUCUUCACAGCUGUGUCCUGCUAAAGGUCAUCGACCUGUUUCAAGAUGUUCUCAUUAGAACGGAGGCGAAGUCGUCUGUCCAUCAAACAGAAAACAUCAACCACCAUCAUGAGCUUAUAAACAUUAUGUUUCAACUCAAAAACUGCCUUUCUAAGAAAAAAAAUCAAUGCAACAAGCUAUAUAACAAUGCGGACACACAAAAUAAUACAUCUACAGCCGUCCCCACAAUGAAAGACAUGACCCCGUAUCAGCUUGCAGUCAUACAGUUGCAAAAACUGAAGAAUGCUCAUGACAAAGUCAGUACUGUGCAUGUCCAGGAGAGGGUCAUGGAUGAGCUGAAAACUCUCCAUUCCUACAUGCAAGGAAAAGGAUUCCGGAAAAUUCUGACUGAGGAGAGUCAUGAUGUUUCAUGAACUCCAAUGCUUUAUGCCACAUCUCUGCCCGAUCACUUUAAGAUGCGCCAGUUUAAGCAGGGACAAAAUAUCAAGCUAAUAAGACAAACUUUUGUCUUGAAGUUUUGUUUAUAAUAAGGUAUUUUAGUUAUUUUAUGUGCUUUUAGUGCAAAUAUCUUUUUAUAAGUAAAUACUAUUUAAACAGUAAAUGCAUAUUGCUUACGUACUUUCGGUGAAAGAUUGAGUGUUCUGCAGUAAACGCAGGUUAAAUAAUAGAUAAGACAGUUUUGUUUUAAAAUGUUUGUCCUUGUUUACUUUUGCAUUCAUUUGUCUGCUCAGUAAAAUAUUUUUAACAUCC